CCGCUUGGUUUCCAAACGGAGCGGGUUUGCAGGCUUUGUUGCAACACUGUGUUGUGUUUGUUGGACAGCAAGCUGAGGUAAAGAUUGUAGAUCUCGAGAAUCUACUUAAUUCCAUUUAAAGGUAUUUUCUGCAACUUUAUUUAAUUAUUUAAUUAAUAGUCGGUGACGCCGACGUAUCUUGGAUGCUGACGAUUGCUCCUCUCUGUCUUCUGUGGAGAGCAGCUCGCUGGGGAGAAGGAGGAACGGACAAAGAGUUGUUAACGAGUGUUCUCUGCAGAUGUGCAACAGAAGUUGGGGGUUACAGAGAGGGUUCCUUGUACAUGGAGUCUGGACAAGCAGGACCAGGAGGGCCGUCCCAAUCAGGAUGGAGAGCAGCUGGUGAUGGUUUGGUGAUGAGUGUCACCAGUGUACCAGUGAUAAUGGCUCCUCUGAAAAGUGAAGAUGAUGAUAAAGAAUCUCAGGCCCAUCUUCAUCAAAUCAAAACUGAAGGCAACACAGAGGUAGAGGCUCCAACCAACAACCCAGCUAAACAGAUAAAACCUGAACGUGAUGGAGAGGACUAUACAGGACCAGAAAAGACCAGUAACCCAGACCCAAACAGUUAUUUACAACCAAAUAGUGACCAAAAAUCUUCACGCUCUUCUGAGAUAAAACAUUUGUCACAUUUUGGACCUGAAAUGGACGACAGUGAUGAUAGCUUGGAUGACAACAAGGCACAUAGGUCAGUUGUAAACAGUGAUGUGGAGAGCAACACCACCAAAAAAUCCCUCAGCUGCUCCGAAUGUGGUAAAGAGUUUCACUGCCAACGAUCUCUCCAGAGACACAUGAAAAGGACUUUGAGCUGUUUUAACACUAAGAAAUGUUUUGGAGUGACACAAAAUGUAAAUCUGCAGAAAAAAGUCCACACAGGGAACAAAAGAGUUCGAUGUGAUGACCUUAGGAUACACACGAAAAGCUACACAGCAAAAACACCAUUCAGCUGUGAUGAAUGUGGGCAAAGAUUUAUUCGAAAAGCAAGCUUAAACCAACAUGUUAGAAGCCACACAGGAGAGAGACCAUUUAGUUGUGAUGAAUGUGGGCAAAGAUUUAGUCGAAAGGAAGGUUUAAACCAACACAUGAGAAUCCACACAGGAGACAAACCAUUCAGAUGUGAUGAAUGUGGAUUUAGAAGUAGUCACGGGGCAAGCUUAAAGCUACACAUGAGAAUCCACACAGGCGAUAAACCAUUUAGCUGUGAUGAAUGUGGACACAGAUUUAGGCAAAAGGCAAACUUAAACCGUCACCUGAAAAUCCACACAGGUGACAGACCAUUCAGCUGUGAUGAAUGUGGACUUAGAUUUAAUCAAAAGGUACAUUUAAAUCUACAUUUGAGAAUCCACGCAGGAGACAGACCAUUCAUCUGCGAUACGUGUGGACAAAGAUUUAGUCGAAAUACGCAGCUAAUCUCACACAUGAGAAUCCACACAGGAGAGAGACCAUUCAGGUGUGAUACAUGUGAACAAAAGUUCAGUCACAAGACAGACUUAAACCGACACAUGAGAAUCCACACAGGAGAAAAACCAUUCAUCUGUGGUGAAUGUGGACAAAGAUUUACUCGAAAGACGCACCUAAUCCCACACAUGAGAGUCCACACAGGAGACAAACCUUUCGGCUGUGAUAAAUGUGAACAAAAAUUUACUCGAAAGGCACGCUUAAUCCGUCACAUGAAAACGCACACACGAGAGACCAUUCAGUUAUAGGCAAGGCGAUAGGCAAACACAAAACCGACACGACAGAUUUUGUUUGAGGUUUGUGUUGAAUUAUUUAGGUUUAGGACUGAUCUUUUCCAAUAUUGGUAUUGGGCUCUGAAUUCUCUAUCUCAACAAUCCACAGAGGGAGCUUUUAUGGUCCCGUGUUUAUAACACCUCACCCAGAUAUUCUGUCCAUAGAAGUAAUGAAAUCAUUUGGUGACUUUGGUGAAAUCCAACCCUCACUGGAAACAAAUGCAGUGGAAUCCAAAUCUAGCUCUGGCAAAGCUCUUCGAAUUAUUCAUCCCUCUGACCCACAAUAAUCUGAAUCAAGGUCAGCGACCACCCAUCCCCCAGUACAAGGUGUUGAUGGUUAACAGCUUCCCCCUCCUGAGUCUUCAGAUGAUCCUUCGCUGAUAGAAAGAUGAUAUUCCAUGUCCCUAGAGAAAUUAUCCGACCGCCUGGUUCCCUUCCACAGGUGGUGAGUCCUCAGGAAGGAUAACUAAGGUUUAUGGGGUAAAACGUUAAGCUAAAAAGGGAUGAGAAAAUAGUGCGUCAUAAAGCGGUUAACAUGCAAUAGACAAGGGGAAAACUGAAGGGAGGAGCCCACAGAAAAGUUGCUCCAAUUCAUCAUUCCAGCCAGUCAAUGUAUAUAUUAAGGAAAAUUCUAGAAAAGACUGCUAGCUAAAAUGUUUCUGUCCUUCGGGACAAUGUGACUCACAUGCAGAAGGUGAAGGAAGACAUGGGAAUCUUCAGCUUGGGUUAUUUUGCUCAUACGCUGCAGCUUGUUGAGCCCGAUGGACUAAUUUUGUUAUUGAUGUUUUCACUAAUGCACAUAAAGUUGUACUGCUUCAACUUUAGUUUUUUUUUUUUUUUUUUUGGUCAAACUUCCCCUUAAUCUUGCUUCAUGAAAUACCUAACCAGGUUUAACAUAUAUUAUUAUAUAUUGCAGUUUUUUGUAUAAAAUAUUUUAAUUAAAGUGGAUUUUUAUGCUGA